AGUCUACAGGGGGCGACAUUAACCCGGUUUCUCCUUCCUCGUUAACGUGGAGAAAAAAAUGUCGGAGAGGAGCUGUGGAGGCUGCAUCGGUUGAGCUGCUGGCAGUGAAACAACAACAAAAAAGGGCACCCAUUCGCCGUGGAAGGGGGGCCGGAGUGUAGGGAGGGCACUGCCGCACGAGGAGGCCGAGAUUUAAUCUCCGAACCGGUGGUCACGUUCAUUUAUUUCAUAUUUUUGUGUCCUCGGAAAAGAGCCACGAAAACAAGUCGGACAUGAACGGGCCAAUCGUAUGCAAUGGCCACUCAGUCGCUGUCUUAAGCUGCAGCAGGUCCUUAUCACCAGUUCCUGAUGAAAUCAAGCGGAUGCAGGAGGGACGGUGCUCUCCGGUGUGCUUCCAGCCAAUUGAAGGCCAGAGGCAGGCUGACGGCCGGAGAACAAACUCCAUCAGCGCGACACCAAAAGACUCCAAGGCCGAUUUCCCCGAGAUGGAGAGCAGCUACAGCCAGUGUUUACCCUGCUGGUCAGAUGAACAGCCUCCGCAGCUCCACUGCGCUCAGACCUGCCUUCGCUCCCCCGCCGAACCGCCCCUGCCUCUGGGGAACAGCUUGUCUCACGCUCCCCUCCACGUCGCCAACAACAACAACAGCAACAGCAGCAGCGCCGCUCUCCACUGCCUCCAGCGGCGAGGCGUGCGCCUGAAGGUCAAGGGAAAGAAGUCCACGCUAAGAAUCGCAGGCGGGAAAAACUCACAAAACCGAAAAGUUACCGACUACUAUCCAAUAAGGCGAAGCUCAAGAAAGAGUAAAACGGAGCUUAAGUGUGAAGAAAAGAAGCUCAUCGAUGAUCUCAUCACAAAGGGAAUAGAAGAAGGAAUGGAGGUGCAGCAUAUAGAAGGAAAGGGGCGAGCGGUGUUCGCCACGCGGUGUUACCAGAAGGGCGACUACGUGGUCGAGUACCACGGAGACCUGCUGGAGAUCACCGACGCCAAAUCCAGGGAGGCCGAAUACGCUCAGAACCCGUCGACCGGCUGCUACAUGUACUACUUCCAGUACCUCAGCAAAACAUACUGCGUGGACGCCACGAGAGAGAGCGGUCGAAAGGGCAGGCUGAUAAAUCACAGCAAAAACGGAAACUGCCAAACCAAACUCCACGACAUCAACGGGGCGCCUCACCUCAUCCUCGUCGCCUCUCGCGACGUCGACGAGGGCGAGGAGCUGCUCUACGACUACGGCGACCGCAGUAAGGCGUCCAUCGCGGCUCACCCGUGGCUCAAAUACUGACCCUCGACAACAACAAAAGGGAACACCCCCCCCCCCCUUCCUUCAGUAACACCUGUGUUUCUCGUUAGCUAGUGUACAAAAUGCCUUAGGAACAGAAUGUGUACCCUUUUUGUUCCGACGUCGAGGUGGCAUGGGGGGGUGUGUCGUGUGUCGCAUCUCGAUUUAAUGUCCGUCUGCUUCGUCGGAUGACAUCUGUACUUUUUAUUUAUGUGUAUAUGAAACAUUCUGGUUGUUUUGCAGCACAUUUCUUUUGUACAUUUUGUAUUAUCUAUAUAGUCCAGUGCUUCUACGGCAUGCAGGUGGUAGUUAAUGCUCUGCGUUUUUUUAUACUGCGUUUUUUUCUUAAUUAGACGUUAGAUACUUAGCAAUACUCACACGGCCCCGGAGCCCCUUUCUUUCUUUCUUUCUUUCUUUCUUUCUUUCUUUCUUUCUUUUCUUUUUAUUGGGAUCAGCGAGAACUAUGAGAUGCAAAUUAUUAAUAUAUUCUGUUCAAGUGGAAUUUUGAUUUCAAGCCAAACAAUCUAGCGUUGUUUAGUGGAGGUGUGGUCGUUUACCAAAGGCAUGGUUCUGUUUUUUGGGGUUUUGAUUACAAGAAAAGAAGUAUUCGUGUUGAACAUACAGACUUUAAGGAUGACAAUUAGUCAAAUUUAUAUUUCUCUUUUUUUUUCUUUUUUUUUUUUUUUUUAAACCUAGAAUAUAUUUUUAAAUAUUGAAGAAAAUAUCUACAGUAUAUUCUGUGUAUGACCGUUUAUUAGGUAAACAUCUAAUAAUAUAAAUAGAAUUAAAGUUUCUCCAUAUUUCGACUUCUCAGCUGUUAAAUCUCUUUUUUCUUUUUUUUUCACUGUAAACUUACAACAUAUAUUACUGCACUAUGUACUGUAAAUAUAUUUAACUCUUCCUAAUACAAUAGAGAGCAGCUCAGUCGUCUCGCACAACUAGCAGAUUGUGUUCUCUUUGGAAAGGCUAGCCAUUUCCAGUCUUUAUGCUAAGCUAAGCUAAGCUAACUGUCGGCCUACAAUGUCAAACUCUUCCUUUUAACAUCCAAACUAAAACAAAGUGUUUCUCUUCAGGUGAACCGUGUCUUUGGUGAACUGUUACACUCCGAUUGUGUAUAUCUUUGCAGGUCCCCCAAACCCCCCCACCCCACACACACACCACACACACCACACACACACACACACACACACACACACACACACACAAUAUUGUUCCAUGUGAAAGCAUUAUAACAGCUGAACUGCCAACAGGUCUUUUUUUAAUUUAUUUAUUUAAUAUUUUAGUAGUUUCUUUUUCUUCAAAUGUGUUUUCCAUGAAUUGUAGCCAGAAGAAAUAUACCCUGAAACAUUAACUAUAUAUAUUUUCACAUUAACUUUUAUUUUGAUUUCCUCACCUAGAAAUAUACAUUAUGAGACUUGUGAUUUUUAUUUUAGCUAAUUGGAAAAUUAGUACUUUCCAAUUCUGCACAUUACAUAUUAUAAAUCUAAUUUGAGAAACAGAAUCAAAUGUAUAGUAUUUUAGUAUUUUAGCUUGAAUUAUUGCACUACUUUGAUUUAAAUUAGUAUAUAAAAAUAAAUUGGCCACAUGGAGUGCAGGUUACAUGAGAAUCACAUGGAAGUGUUUAAAUCAGUGUUAAUAUAAUUAUUAAUACGUUGUUUUUUUUAAUUAUUACCAUCAAGAAAUCCCAUGAAACCAAAACCAACAAGUGUCAGAAUUUGAUAAACACAUUUCCUGUUAUGUUUUCUUUCAUGCGAUUUAUUAACGGUACUAAAUAAAUGUAAAUACAGUAACACGAUAAGAUUUAAAUCAUAUGCAUUAUUCAACAGUUUGAAUUCUGUACAAGAAUUUGGCAGUAGACUUUUGUGAAUAAAGUAGAAAUUAAAAAUAGUAUAUCUUACCUAGCAUUAUAACACAUUUGUAUUGUGUUGUACAGCACGUUCUCCUCUUUUCGGUGCUGUUUAUAUUAAUGCAAGCAUUAUCUUAAAUUAUAAUUUGUUCAUGAAUGCCUAACCUUUACUUCUUUAGUCAUUUUACAGAUGUAAAAAGUGUUCAAAAAUAACUCUUAAAAAAAGGACUUCUUAAAAGCCUCCAAAAUAUUUAUAUUAUUGAAUUUCAGGAUUAUUUUUUGGAUUCCCCGUCUUGAUGGUUUUAAAAUAUCGUAAAUAAUCAAGUGUUGAUACAAAGAGCGGUUGCAUUAUGUGUUAUGGAUAAAGCACACUUCAGGAAAUACAUUUACAUUUUGACUUCCCCUCUCUAACGGUAGCAUUGUGUGAAAUGUUUUUAUUUAUAACAGACGUGUUACAUUUUUAUUUUUAACUGUAGAACUAAUGGAAUAAUACCAGAAGAGGCUCAACUGACCUGUUGGCCAUUUUUAGGACUUACUAGAUCUUUGCUGUUGUAGCGUUGAAUAAAUCUUAAUGCUGGGGUUUAAGGCAUCAAAGAAUAACGAUAUGCAAAGAACGGGAGUUGGCAUCUGAUUUGUUCUUGUUCAAAUAAAUGAUUACAACAAAA